AAGAGAAACGAAAGGACCAUAUAUUUAGGACAAGUAUAGAGACAGAUUUAUAUGUGGAUGGUGAAGAAAUUUACAGUAGAUGUAUAGGAAUAGAAUAUCUAUAUAUAGCCAGAAUAAUAUUGCUUGAACAUAGGGAGUGUAUCAAAUCUUUAAAGACUUGGUCCUGGUGGUUAAUGAGAUGUUUAGCCAUACACCAGUUUAUACUUGAUGAUAAAUCUCCUUCAAUCAAAGCAACAUGUAUACAGUUAAUGGAUGAAUUAUCAAAAACAGAACCCCUCCUCACAGAUGACUCCAACAGAGAUCUGAUUAUUCAGUUUAAUUUAGAAGCUGGGUAUUUGUGUCAUACAUUUUAUGAGUAUAAGAGGGCCAAAGAACAUUUUAAAACAGCUAUCAAAGUAGCAGGAUUAACAUUAGAAUUAACAGGUUUAAUGGGAAAGAGAACACGCUUCCAACAGGACAGUAAGUCACAGCUAGUAUUGAGGGUCAUCAGGGAAACAGAUGUUAUUAAUGAUACUGAGGGUCCUUCUAGUCUACCUAAGAUUUUACCCUUAGAUGAUGAAACAGUAAUGGAUGCUAUAACUUUUGAUGAGGGAGAUCUAUCAUAUGUUAAGUUGUCCCCUGUAGAACAGUCGUUGGUCAUUGGAAUGAUGGAGGAUCAUAGAAGAAGUCAAGCUCAUAUGGAACAAAUUACAGAGGAAGAAGUCAUGGCUUAUAUUAAUUAUGUACUAUCACAAGUAAAGUGUUGGUCAGUAUGUAUUAGUGCUUUGUAUCGUAGAUGUUUACUUCAGAGAGGCAGAAGGAGAACAGUAGAGAGAUCCAUGAUGCAACUUGAGGAACUUGUUAACCAGACUAAAAAACAAGACCCACCUGCAGGUGAAAGGUUACAGCUGUUCUAUAGUGCAGGUAUUCCACCAGUCUGGAUAGUACAGAAAAAUUUAGCUGACUUGUUACUGGAUCUUGGUGCUACUGGUGCAGCAUUAGACUUGUUUGAACGUUUGGAAUUAUGGGAAGAUGCAAUAAAAUGUUAUCAAAGACUUGGAAAGAUGGAAAAGGCAGAAACAGUGAUAAGAGAACAACUUCAAAUCAAAGAGACUCCAAAUAUGUGGUGUUUCCUUGGGGAUGUUACCAGAGAUAAAAGUUUUUACGAGAAAGCUUGGGAAAUGUCAAAACAUCAUAAUGCUAGAUCACAGAGAUGUCUUGGUUAUAUUUACUUUGCUGAAGAAAAUUUUCAAAAGGCUCUGGAGUGUUUUGAAAAGUCCUUGAAAGUAAAUUCUCUUCAGACUCCUGUAUGGUUUACGUAUGGUUGUUGUGCGACAGCUUCACAAAAUAAUAAGUUAGCUGCUAAAGCGUUCAAACGUUGUGUUAUGAUAGACACAGAUAAUUAUGAAGCUUGGAAUAACUUAGCAUCAGCAUACAUAAAACUGAAAGAAAAGAGUAAAGCAUGUGCAGCUCUUAAAGAAUCGUUGAAAUGCAAUUAUGAAGAUUGGAGGAUCUGGGAAAAUUAUCUGUUGGUUUGUACUGACUGUGGUGAAUUUGGUGAAGCUAUUCAUUCCUAUCACAGACUGAUGGACAUUAAAGACAAAUGGUCAGACCCAGAGGUUCUGGGAGUGUUAGUGCGAGUUGUUGUAGAAGACAUAUCAGAUUGUAAUGGUAAACCAGGAACCAGUUUUAAACAGAAAUUACAAGAAUUGUUUGGCAGAAUCACAUCCAAGGUAACAAAUAACUCAAAGAUCUGGAAGCAUUAUGGUCAGUUAACUAAUCAUGGAACAGACAACAGUCCUGAAACACAACAAAAAGUGUUACAGUAUCUUCAGAAAUCGCACAGGUGUGUAGUACAGGAUGUUAAUUGGCAGGUAGAUUUGGACAGGUGUAAAGAGGUAGCCACACAGUCUACAGAGUUAGCAGAUAUGUAUACAAAGUGUAGUGAAAAAGCUUCAACCAGCAUGCAAGGUGUACAGAUGUUGUCGUCUGCUAAACUCAUGUUAAAAGGAGUGGUAACAAAAAUUAAGCAACAACAUACAGAUCCAAUGACAGAAGAACUUAAGCCUGAGGUUAAAGAUGUUUGUGAUUCCCUUGAUCAGACUUUGACUGAAAUUAUAGACAAAAUAACUCAUCUCAAGGGUAGCUGAUAGAUACAUUGAAAUAAAAUAUAUAAAAUAUAUAA